GGGGGACCGCCCCUCUACCAACACAUACCGCUAAUGAUACACGAAACCCCCUAGAUCUCCGUAGAUCAGUAUCGAGUGCAGAGUACCCCCAAACAUUUCACUGCGUUAUACAUAAACCUACAACAGCAAUGAAAGUAUAGGUUUUGCUAGUACUACACGAAAUCCUAUGCAACAAACGUCUUCACAGAACAGGAGGGAAGAAAAAUUCGGACUGGGCGCCGCCGAGAUAACGGCCGUCGCAACAGCGAUCAAGGAGAGCGAUUAUGACGGGAAGCCGGAGCCCCCCGCGGUGCCUCGCUUCAACGUCAUCACGCUGGCCGAGCCUGCCAAAGCCGACCUCUUAGAAGCCCCCCUCUUGUGUCCGAGGAAGGCCCAGGUCAUAUUCAUGGUGUCGGAAUCCACGGCGGCGUAUGAGGCACUCACGGAGAUCACGACGGCGUCCGGCCGCGAUCCGCCCGUGGCCUCGGUGGUUUCUUGCGAGCCGCUGGGCCAAGGCAUCCAGCCGCUGCUGUCGCCCGGCGAUUGCGAUCUCGCGGAGAAGAUCGUCAAGCUUGACGCCGGGGUGGCGAAGCUGUUGCAGGAGCGAUACGGGGUAACGGACCUCGAUUUGCUCGUUAUCGACCCGUGGAGCUAUCACGCCACGGUAGACGACCGCAGCGCCACUCCUCUGGGUUGGCGCGACGACGGCCUUCCCGCGAGACUGGCUCAAACGUUUCUAUACAUACGCGACGAUGCCGACGACAACCACAACGCUCACCCGCUUGAUAUGCUUCCGGUGGUGGAUCUCAACGCCCAAAAGGUGGUCCACGUCGACAAGCAGGUCGCCGCCCCCAAGGUGCCCAAGGACUCCGUCAACUACCACCGCAACAAGGUCGCCAGCAACACGUACCUCCCGACGCAGUUCCGCUUUGAUCCGCCGCGCCCGCUGGAGAUCACCCAGCCCGAUGGCCCGUCGUUCUCAGUGGACGGGAGCUUGGUCUCGUGGCAGCGGUGGACGCUGCGCAUCGGCUUCAACUACAGAGAGGGGUUAGUCCUUCAUGACGUCAAGUUCGACGGCCGUCCGGUGAUGUGGCGCGGCAGCCUCGUCGAGAUGGCGGUCCCAUAUGGGGACCCCAAAGAGCCGUUCACGAGGAAGUGCGCCUUCGACGUCGGGGACUACGGUCUAGGGUUCUGCACAAACUCACUCGAGCUGGGCUGCGAUUGCCUCGGCCACAUCCACUACUUCGACGCGACGCUGAACGACAGUCGCGGGCAGCCGUACGAAGUCGAGAAGGCGGUGUGCAUGCACGAGGAGGACGCGGGACUCCUGUGGAAGCACGUGUAUACCAGCGGGCACAACGAGAGCCGCCGGUCGAGGAGGCUGGUCCUGUCAUUCAUCGCGACCGUCGUCAACUACGAGUAUCUGUUCUACUGGUACCUGAUGCAAGAUGGCAGCAUCGAGUUCGAGAUUAAGCUGUCGGGCGAGCUCUCGACGAACCUCCUUUCGGAAGGCGAGCCGACCCCGCAGCAUGGCGUCAUCGUGGCGCCUGGGGUCAACGCCCAACUCCACCAGCACAUGUUCUGCGCACGCCUCGACAUGUCCGUGGACGGCCACAAGAACACCGUCAAGGAGGCGGACGUGGUCCGUGUGCCUCGUGGCGAGGACAACCCCGCAGGCAACGCCUUCCGCGCCCAGUACACGCCCCUCGUCACGGAGAAGCAGGCCCAGCGGGAGGCAAACCCGCGAGCCGCCCGGUCCUGGUUGAUCCAGAACCCUUCCUCGAUCAACCCGAUCAACGGGAAGCCCGUAGCGUACAAGCUCGUGCCUCAGACAUUCGGCCCGACGCACCCGUUGCUCAUGACGGGAGAGGACAGCGCGGUCACCGCCCGGGGCGAGUUCGCGACCAAGGCUCUCUGGGUUACGCCGCACCGGGAUGACGAGCGGUGGCCAGCCGGUGAUUUCACGGUGCAGAGCACCGGCGGGGAGGGGCUCCCCGCCUGGACGAAGCACGACAGGAACGUCGAGGACGAGGACGUGGUCUUGUGGCACUCUUUCGGACUCCUUCAUGUGCCCCGGGUAGAGGAUUUCCCCGUCAUGCCGUGCGAGUCGACGGGCUUCACCCUCAAGCCCGACGGGUUCUUCUCGGGCAACCCGACGAUUGAUCUCGCGCCGAGCGCAGAGCAGCGGGCGGGAGGGGUGCAAGGACCAACAGGGUGA